UUUCUUGCUCCUUUUUUUUGGUGCUCCGUAAAUCACAGUUCCAGACAGAUACACCAUGGCGGACACUACAGAGGAUGAACAGCAGGAUAUCUUCUACGUGUGCGAGAAGACUUUGAACACCGUGAAAGAGAAGCUGACGAAGAAUGAGGAUAUCGGUGAAGAGUUGGUGAACCAGCUCACACUGCCCGAGAAGGUUCCUGACGACGAGAUGAUGAUCCCAGUGGACAUGCGGGGAGUUGGCGAGGAGUUUGAUGAUGUGGAACAAAUGCUGGAGAAGCUGGGACCCAAAGGCACAGCUGAAGCCUUCGUGAAGGCCUAUGACUUUUUCGAAAAGAACAAGGAGAAGCUCCCGGAGAGUGAACGACCACCCAAGAUGACCGCUGCCGAAUGGCGGAAAGUCUUGGAUGAGGAGCGCUUCAUGGAGGAUGGUGAGGAAGAGUUGCUGGGCUUCGAGGGCGAAGAAGAGGAGGACCUUGAGGAUGAUGGAGAGGGCGAGGAUGAUGGUGAAGUGAAGGAACCCGAUGCCAAGAAGGCCAAGACUGAAUGAGCCAAUGAGCAGAUUGGAACCGGAGCCGCGCGGCGGGGGUGGUGAAUCCAAGAUUCCCAUCGUCGAUUUCCG